GAGACUUGAUUUUUUUUAGUUUAUUUAUUUGUUAUUUUAUCUCUCUUUAAUAAUUAAUUAAAACAUUGUCAAAAAUGUCGGGUGGAAACUUAGUGGCACGGGUGAGGUCCAUGUUCAGAAAGGAGCAGGCGGACUGGGACCUGAGUGAUACAGCCCAGUUUGAUUUCUCAAACGACCUUGCGGAAGAUGAAACGCCCAAAUUCAACAAACUCAAAGUUGUCGUUUCUGGAGAAAUGGAGGACUAUUCUUCAGCCGCCCCAAACGGAGCACUGGUCAAUACGCUCGUCGUGGAUGAUGAUGACUCACUUUUGGGAUCCUCCACAAGUUUGGGAAGUCCAGGCCUUAAUGUGGACUCCUGUGAGAACUGUACAAAGAGAAAAGAGCGUUUCAAGCAGAGGAAGGUCAUGAAGAGACUGGGGUGCGCUGCUGCGUUAUAUUUCUUCUUCAUGAUCGGUGAAUUAAUAGGCGGUUAUUUGGCUAACAGUCUGGCGAUCAUGACGGACGCUCUCCACAUGCUAACGGACCUCGUUGGUAUCUUUGUGUCCCUCCUCGCUCUGUGGUUGUCUGCCAAGCCUCCAACGAAAACAUUUACCUUCGGAUUGCAUCGCCUUGAGGUGGUGUCAGCAGGAAUCAGCGUGUUGCUGAUUUAUGUGCUGACAGGAGUGCUACUCAACGAAGCCAUCCAGAGAACCAUCCACCCAGAUUUCGACAUCGAUGGAGAUGUUAUGCUCAUUACCGCGGCGGUCGGUGUCGCCGUUAACCUGAUAAUGGGCUUCCUGCUAAACCAGUCAGGUCAUGUUCACUCCCACUCUCACUCUCACGGCCCAGCACAGCAGCUCCACGGCCCCCAGCGGGGCCACGGCAGCCUGGCUGUGAGGGCCGCGUUUAUCCACGCGCUGGGAGACCUGGUGCAGAGCGUGGGGGUCCUCAUCGCGGCCUACGUCGUCCGAUUCAAGCCCGAGUACAAGCUGGCGGAUCCCAUCUGUACAUAUGUGUUCUCCCUGCUGGUCCUUUUCACCACCCUCAGAAUCAUCAGAGACACUGGAGUCAUCCUCCUGGAGGGGGUUCCGAGACAUUUGGACGUGACGCGGAUCAGGGAGGACCUGCUGAAACUUGAAGAUGUCCAAUCAGUGGAGGAUCUGAACGUGUGGGCGCUGACGUCGGAUAAGACGGCUGCCCUGGCACACCUGCAGCUCUUGCCAACCAGUGCCCAGAACUGGGAGGAAGUCCAGGCCAAGGCGAGGCACCUCCUCCAGCACACGUACGGGAUCUCCAGAUGCACCGUGCAGCUGCAGUGUGUCCGCCAGACAGUGCCAAACUCAUGUACAAACUGCCUGAACCCCAGUGCCUGAGUGCAGCCCCACCCACACACACACACACACACACACACACACAGACACGCACGCACCCCGGUGCAGCUCACAGUCUCCACAGGGGACCUGUCUCAACGCCGCUGCUUACACAGGAGGAGCAUGUGACGCUCAGAUUUUCUUAACAGCAGUGCCAAAGGACAGUGGUCGCUUUUCCUUUAAAAAGAAGAAAAAGAGAGAGAGAGAGAGACAGAAACAGAGAGGGGAUAUAUAUUCUUCCAUUGUUUUGACUUGUAACAUGCUGAGCAUUUGUAAAAUAACAUGUUAAACUUUCUUUUGGGAUAAACAUUUAGUACAAGCCUGUAGUGAAUGAAAAUGCACUUUUUACUUUACCUUUAGAGGAGGUAUUGUGUAGAGUGAUUGGUACAGUUAAUUUUCACAUAUCUUUGUUAUUUGAUUGGUUCCUUUUAUUGAUGAGGGUGUAUUUAAGGAAAAGGAGAGCAAAUCUUCCAGUUCUUCACCUGUUCCUCUGACCCCACUCUUAACGCGCCGGACUCAGCCUGUGAAGUCGCGCCCGAGUCGUGUUAGGCCGCGCGGAUGGUGUUCAUACUAUUAACUCUACUCUUUUCUCCUGACGCCUGCUUUCAGCUGUCUCUCUCUCUCUCUGUCUCUCUCUCUCUGAGACGUGCUGUACCUGUCUUCUCCUCAGGCGUCACGCUUUGAAAAAACCCUCUUCACUCAGCAGGUUUGGCCUGUUUCGCCAGAAUCAGUGUUUUGUGGACGACGUCAUUUCCCUUUUUAUUUUAUGAUGAGGACUGGUGCAUUGGUCCACUAAAGUGAAUUGUUAGAUACAUGCAACUGACAAUCAGAUCUCUUCAGUAUUGAGUCUAUUUGAGCAGUAUUCACGGUGAGAAGCAUUCAGCCCGGCCUUCGCCUCCACACGUCUGUGGCUUUUCAUAUUUGCCUUGUGUUGGCCCACUGGUCUCUCUGUACCUGGACUUUACCCAGUGAUCCAGCCCCUGUGCUUUUUAGGGCUCUGAUGAUGCCAAGGUCUCCAGAGAUUUUCUCACUGACGUCAGGUGACUGUGAAUGGAAUGGGUGUGGUGUUGUAGAGCAGGUGGAGGUUAAUGGGGUGGGUUUGGUGUAGAGCAGUGUGGCAGGGCUCUGUAAGGGCAGCGGUUGUAGGCUCAGCUGAACACCCACCUCGCUGUCAGUGCACCUGAUGAUCAUCUGAGUAAACUACCUGACGGAGCUGUAGACGUCUGAGUACACUACCUCUCCACCUGACGGAGCUGUAGACGUCUGAGUACACUACCUCUCCACCUGAUGGAGCUGUAGACAUCUGAGUACACUACCUCUCCACCCGACGGAGCUGUAGACGUCUGAGUACACUACCUCUCCACCUGAUGGAGCUGUAGAUGUCUGAGUACACUACCUCUCCACCUGACGGAGCUGUAGACAUCUGAGUACACUACCUCUCCACCUGAUGGAGUCCUAGGCCCAUGUUGUGUUCUAGGUGAAAUUCAUUGAGAAGUGGGUGGCCACGCAGGUAUAAGGUCUUUACUCAAAGAAGCGUGGCCUUUCACAAGCUCAUUUCUAAAUGCCUUGAUUUUCUCAUCUGUUUUUAUUUUAAUUAGAGUUUAUUUUGUGGCUUAGCGCUUCAGCUGUCGUAAGAUAUCUCAUUUCAGAUAAAUUGCACAUUCCAGUAACUUGAACAGUCAAGCUGUUUUUGUUUUUUUGUUUUUGUUUUUUCCAGUAUUAUUUUUGCCUGAGUGACAUCUGAAGCUUCUGUGUAACUGGUUUAAAAUGGAGGCACUGGCAAUAGACACUGACACUGUAUGUUUUGGCCGUUGUUGAACAGCAAAAUAAACC